GCCACCAUUGUUACAUAAGUCUUCUUCACUCGUCACUACGGAUUCAGCCAUUAAGUAAAAAUCUCUGUAACUAACUAACUAAUCACAGAAGAAGAGAGAUCUUUGAAGCAACAACAAUGGCCGCCACAAUCAUCACCGUCGUCUUCAGCCUCAUACUCGCGAUCACCUUCUCCUCCUCUUCCUCCGCCGUAUCCGCGACGCAGCAGGCACCAUCGUCUUCUCCACCGAUCCCGACUUGUACGGAGGAGCUCGUCAUGUUCUCUCCUUGCCUUCCUUACGUCUCCGCUCCACCAAACAACAUGUCAGAGACUCCGGAUCCUAUUUGCUGCUCGGUUUUUACCUCCUCCGUUCAUUUUAGCGCCGGAAACUGCCUCUGUUAUCUUCUCCGGCAGCCGAUGAUCCUUGGAUUCCCGUUGGAUCGAUCUAGAUUGAUUUCUCUUUCCCAGAUCUGUACCGAUCAGAAUUCCGACGAAUCUUUCGAAUCUCUCUGUUCGCUAUCAGAAUCGCCGGAGCUUCCGCCGCUUCAGAGUAUUCAGUUCACAAAUCCGUUUGUUUCCGGUAAUCACGAUUCCGCUUCUCCUCCAUCAGUCGGCUUAGCCCCGGAAGUUUCACCAAGCUCCGAUCAAUUCUCACCGGAAACAGCCACCAUAGCACCACCACCACCACCAACAGACUCACAAUACAUCUCAAGCGGCUAUCAUAAGAUCAGAAACUUCUGGUUCCAAUCGACUAUCAUCAUGACUUUUGCCACUUCAAUUCUCACUCGUAUCUGAACGGUAUAAAGCUCUCUGUGCUUAUUACUGCUUAGGUUUACUUCAUUGAUACUUAGAUUUUACCAUUGGGAUUGUGUCAAAGUCUUCCCUAUGUAGAAACACAAACAAAGCUACUUUUGUGCUACUAUUAGUCUAUUAGUUAGAUUGUUUCUGCUGUGACUGGUGUCUCCUUUUAACACGGAUGAUAUAUAGUAGAGGAAGAUGUUUAGGUUUACAUUUCAUUACUUGUUGCUUCAUACACGCAAUAAGGGAAAAGAAAAGUUAUCAUUUCAA